AGACGCGGACCCAAACGUGAAAUGAAAACAACCUCUGAAUCAGCUAUGAACGGCCAAGUAUCUUUAACAUCGGCAUAAUCUGAUGUUAUCUGUGUGAAUUUUAUUGUGUUUUAAGUGUUAAAUGUGUGUUUGCUAAAAGAUGAAGAAAAAUGAGUCAGCUGAAGCGCCUGAACGGUUUGAAUAUUUACAGACGCUGGUUACUGAAUUUCAGGACACUGACAGUGAAGAGGCAAAGGAGCAGGUUCUGGCAAAUCUAGCCAACUUUGCAUAUGACCCAAAGAACAUGGAGUACCUGAGGGAGCUGCAGGUUCCUGACCUGUUCCUGGACAUGUUGACCGAAGAGAAUGAGAACUUUGUGGAGUUUGGGAUGGGGGGUCUGUGUAACCUCAGUAUGGACCCUGGAUGCAGAGACAUCAUCUUGGAGAACGACGGGAUCAGCUUGAUCACAAACCACCUGUCAAACCGGAGGGAGGAGACGGUGCUGUCUGCCGUCACCACCCUGAUGAACCUCACCACACCAGCGACCUGCUCUCAGAUCACAGAGCCAGGGAUCGUUCAGUGCAUGCUGCGCUUCUCACUCGCAGAGAGCCCCCGUCUGCGCAACCUGGCCUCGGUCUUCCUGCAGGACUGCUGCAGCCAGGAGCAGGUGAGACAGGCUGAGCUGCAGAUGCAGGGGGUGCAGACGGCCAUCGGGAUCCCGCUGCCUGAAUAGAGACAAACAUGUCCUCAUUUGUGUCCAAAUCAGCGGUCACGUUUGAAGGCCCAACUGCAGAACGCUGCUGAAAGGGACCUGAGUGAAGCUGUGGGCAGAAUGUGUGAGUCUCUGGAGGCGGGUGAAGUCAGGGUGGUGUUCAGUCUUUCACACCAAAGUGGCAAACACCUCAGAGCUGGUGUCUGAGCACAGAGGUGGGGCAGGAAAAAGACAAACAGUCAUCAUAAAGUCCAGGCAGGAGCACACGGUGUUUGUUCACAUAAAGAUUUCCCAUCAUGGAUUCCCAGCUGGCUUCCUGCCUUUUCCUUCAGAGUGAAUCUGAAAGUUACACCCUUUAAGUCUUUAAAUGAUUUGUUAUUCUGUCAUCUUAAUAGUGACAGAUUAUUUUAUGUUUUAACAUCUUUCUGAAAAAUGUCAGAGUUCCGUUUAUUUUUCCACCAUUUGCCAUCAGACUGAAUUAAAACUUAAGCUUUGUUCAA